AUUAAGAUGCCACGAAGCUACAUAAUUAUCAUGUUAGAACACCGUCAUUGUUCUCUUCAGUAUUAAUAGUAAAAAAACCAAAUUGACGAUUUCUCGAAGACUAUUAAAGGAAUAUCCGCAAAGAAGAAAAAAAAACAUUUUUUUGGUAAAGGACUAAUCUUUUUGUUUGCAUCGGCCAUCUCUAACCUUACGAUUGUGUGUUCUUGCUUUGAGCGAAACCCUAGAAUCGGUCUUAACCCAUUUGAGCAGAGAUGCUGCGAGUAGCAGGAAGGAGGCUUUUUUCUGUUUCGCAGAGAUCAUCGACGGCGACCUCCUUCGUCCUUUCCCGUGACCAUACCCUUUCCGAUGGAGGCAACUCCUCUUCCGCUUCUAGAUCUGUCCCCUCUGCAGAUCUCUCAUCUUUCAAUUCUUACCACCGGAGCGUUAUAAGAGGUUUUGCUUCUCAAGUCAUUACUCAGGGAAAUGAGAUAGGUUUUGGUUCGGAAGUCCCAGCCACAGUCGAAGCUGUCAAAACACCUAACUCAAAGAUUGUCUAUGACGACCAUAACCAUGAGCGUUACCCACCUGGUGACCCUAGCAAGCGGGCAUUCGCCUAUUUUGUCUUGUCGGGUGGAAGGUUUGUUUAUGCCUCUGUUCUCCGCCUGCUUGUUCUGAAGCUUAUUGUGAGCAUGUCUGCAAGUAAAGAUGUCCUUGCCCUUGCAUCCCUCGAGGUUGACCUAGGGAGCAUAGAACCAGGAACUACCGUGACAGUCAAGUGGCGUGGAAAGCCCGUCUUCAUCAGGCGAAGAACAGAAGAUGACAUCAAGCUGGCCAAUAGUGUGGAUGUUGGAUCCCUGAGGGACCCACAAGAAGACUCGGUUAGAGUCAAGAAUCCAGAAUGGUUGAUCGUGGUUGGAGUAUGCACUCAUUUGGGGUGCAUCCCCUUGCCUAAUGCUGGUGAUUAUGGUGGUUGGUUUUGUCCGUGUCACGGAUCACAUUACGAUAUAUCUGGAAGAAUUAGGAAAGGUCCUGCACCAUACAACCUGGAAGUACCGACCUACAGCUUCUUGGAAGAGAAUAAAUUACUCAUUGGUUAAUGAAUAAAGCACAACAGUCCGAGUGUCAUGGUCUGGAUGAUCUUAAAUCUGUUUUUGUUUUUAUAUUUUCCGGCAUUUUAGCGUGCAAGUUCGCUUUCCUCACACUUUGGGCUCAGCAAAAAUUGGCUUGUUUUGCUGAAUAAUACAAACUUGUCAUUGUAUGACUUAGUAUCUGUCUCAUCUGGUGAAAAUACAUUGUUCAUACUUCAUAGUCUCUGUUUAUUAUUUGAAAAGAGUUUUGAAUAGUAUCAUCCCUAUUUUUCUUAUGUUUGUAAUUUUGUAACAUAUCGUUUGUAAGAGAGUUUCCUUUCCUUAAAGUCUGUAGCCAUUAUCACAAUUGAGACAAAAACUUGGUAAGGUUCAAGGUGUGUUAUAAAACUUUCGUGUUCUUACUGGAGACGACAUUUCGAAGACCUUCAAUUCUCAACUAAGCCAUAAACCUUCUCUUCCAUAGUGAG